AUGGCAGGAGAAGGAGAUCACCAAGCUGAAGAAGGGUCAGACUCCGACGAUGACAACGAAUGCUGGAGCACCCUCAUCAAGGCCACUCUCAGAGUUGUUCCCCAUGCCAUUCAGCACUUGGAAGGCACAUAUGAUAACAACCAUCCAAAAUGGGACAGAAACUUUGAUGACGCUUUAGCAGAGACAAGCCUACUGGGAGCACCUUUCAGUGACGAUGCCAUAUACACAGCACUCCAAAGGUGCACGAUCUGGCACCCGGUCUACAAAGAAACGGUCGCCACUGUCCAUCAAGCAAGUGCUCAGGCAGCUGGUAGCAAUGAGCAGGACAGUGACACUGAUGAGGAUGCUGAAAGCUCAAAGGCUAAGACUGGACCAAGGAGGAUUCACUGCUGGGUGUGCAGAUGCUAUGGACAUGGCGCGAGAAAGUGCGAUGCCACUGUCACCAUCCCCGAGAACUCCCCCCUCACCCAGACUAAAUAG